AUGGAUGCAUAUCCAUGUCAUAGAUUUAAAUGGGUUAAUUCUCAAAAUCAACAUAUUUAUGUACGUUAUAAAUUUAGUUGUGUAGCAGAUAUUAAGAAUUUUUCUAAUGCUGAAGCAACACGUAUGUGUGGUGAAGAUCCAGAUUAUGCUAAACGUGAUUUUUGGCAACAUUUGGAUAAUGGUGAAACAUGUGAAUUUAUAUGUCAAAUUUAA